CAUUGGCAGAGUUGCCCGUAAAAUAACCUCAGAGUCGAACUUGCGCAUCAAAUUUUUAAUUUUUCAAAUUCAAAAUGAAAUACUUCGCUGUGUUGUUGUUGGUUGUUGCCACCAUUGCUGCCGCUGUGGCUUUGAAGAGCCCUGUUUGUGGUGAGGAGUUCGGCAGAAUUGGCGAAUGUCGCGCCCUGCUGAAGAAGUGGACCUAUCGUCGGGAUACGAAUGAGUGCAUUCAAUUCAAUUACAGCGGCUGCCAUGGCAACAACAAUUUGUUUAAUGAUAAGGCCGCCUGUGAGAAGACCUGCAAGGAAUAAAGUGUGACUCAGUUAAAUACUGGGUUUCUUCUGUUAGAAAUAUCAGUUCUUGGGCUACUUUAAAACCUAACUCUGUUACUGAUUACCACUUACUGUUAAAUAAAGUUGUUUUGAUUUAUAUUUGUAAA